GCAUCGUGGCGGUAGGUGAGAGCAUCGAAUUUGAUAGAUAUCUCACUCGGAACCCGGAGAAAUCAGAGUGGAGGGUUCUAAUUACACGACGAGACUUAGGUGAGGUGAGUUGUGAGUGGGUGACUCAAGGGUAACCCUAACCCCAUGGGUCAAUGCUCAAAAGUCCAAGGGGGAGACAAGCCAAAGUGGACACCUCUCGACUCAUCCGAUUUUGAAUUUUGAAUUUUGAAUUUCAUCGGCAGAAGAAAAGAAAACUCAAACAUUAUUCAGGAACACUGCAACUAGGUGGGGGAACAAUCGGCAGGAAACACAGCGCCAGCAAUUUCAAACAAUGGCCAACGACCACAUCCUGACGCUGUCGUGCCCGGACAAGCCGGGCAUCGUGCACGCGGUGACCGGCAUCUUUGCGCGCGAGGGGCACAACAUCCUGGACCUGCAGCAGUUCUCGGACCCGACGAGCGAAAAAUUCUUCAUGAGGGUGCACUUCGGGCCUUCACCAUCAUCAACAGAAGAAGAAGGGGGAAUCACGGCGCAGCUGCGCCCGGCCUUUGAUGCGCUGGCGGCCGAGUACGCCAUGACGUACGACAUCCGGCCGGUCUCGCAGAAGCCGCGCGUGCUGGUGAUGGUGUCCAAGAUCGGGCACUGCCUCAACGACCUGCUGUUCCGCGCCAAGACGGGCCAGCUGCCGGUCGACAUCCGGCUGAUCGUGUCCAACCAUCCGGACUUUGCCCCCCUCGCGGCCAGCUACGGCAUCGAGUUCCACCACCUGCCCGUAACGCGUGAGACCAAGGCCGCGCAGGAGGGGCAAGUCCUCGAGCUGGUUCGGCAGCACGCGAUCGAGCUGGUCGUGCUAGCGCGCUACAUGCAGGUGCUGUCGCCGACGCUGUGCGAGGCCAUGUCCGGGCGCAUCAUCAACAUCCACCACUCGUUCCUGCCGUCUUUCAAGGGGGCGAAGCCCUACCACCAGGCGUACGAGCGCGGCGUCAAGAUCAUUGGCGCCACGGCGCACUUUGUCACGGCCGACCUCGACGAGGGCCCCAUCAUCGAGCAGCGCGUGUCCAGGGUAAAUCAUAGCAUGAGCCCCAAGGAGUUGGUGGAUGAGGGGUCGAAUAUCGAGAGCCAAGUGCUGGCGGCCGCGGUGAAGUGGUAUGCCGAGAGGAGGGUGUUUUUGAAUGGUACCAAGACGGUGGUCUUCAACUGAGUUGGGAUUGAUUUUCCGUUGGGUAAAAAAAAGGCGAAAGGAAAAGGGAAGUUGAUAGUUAUGCAUGUGCUAUGCAGAGGGAUUGGCGAGCGAAUCAAAAGAAAGGAUAACUGAAGCAUCCAUUGUGCUGAUGUAG